GAAACGCUCAAGGCAAAAACCAACAAGAGGGAGUACUGGGACCCACUAAACGUAAAGCUGAACGGCCUUACAUUCUGAAGCCCCUGAGAUCUGGUAACCCUAUAUGGAUUACCAUACGUCCGAUGCCUCCUGAGAAACAGCCUCUAUAUCAAGUGGUGCAAACCGCAGCCUUCGACCUAACUUGUGGAAUUCACUGCAAAUUUCUUUGGGAUGGAUUUGGCAAUUGGGUCAAUGGUCGACAAGGGUUAGUCACAUGGCGGCCUUUCAUAGGAGGAGACGAUAAAGAUAGGCGCAGUUCCUUAGAUCCUAGUCCUUUGCGGAAAGAUAGUGUGCUGUGGAUAUAUGGCGACUCGGUCAGUGAGCAGUUUUUCUGGGGAGUCAGGUCGAGACCGCUGUGCACUAACGUUUUCAAGUGGUGCGGGCACACAUACAACUGGAUAUAUCAGUUGAAAGGAAAUAUUUCUUCUGCUAAAACCGCAGAUGACAAUCUCGAUUUUAAUUUUAUGAGAGUUGUUAGUGAACUUUUAGAUGUCAUAUCCAAACCAUUUUUUGACAAGAACAGUGUUAUCUUAUUUAAUGCCGGACUACAUUACUUGGAGAGUACAAACUUCUCCAACUACCAGAAAACGAUUGAGUCGCUAAUAAGACUCGUCCAAGAAACAAAGAUGGUGAAGAGGUCUGAUGGAAAUCUACUUUUUCCUGGAGAAAUGAUCUGGAGAACAACAACGGCCUUGAAUAAACAAAAACUGGACGGGAAACACAUUCAAGCUAGGAGAUUUUUAACAUACCAGCAGCGAGUUCUUCUCUUUAACGCAUUCGCCACCUCAGCAAUGUGUAGAGCCAAUGUCCCUGUCCUGGACGUUCAUCCGCUGACCGAUUCUUAUCCAUACGGGACGGGCACACCCUCCAGACCGAGAGACGCUGUGCAUUAUGAACAUUUCGUAUUCGAGUCGGCGGAGAGACUAUUGGAAGAUUAUUUUUACAGAACUUACAAGAGAGAAGGGUGA